AUUUUAUUUUGUGUUUACAUUCACACACUGAUUCAUUCCCUUAUUUCAUUUAUUUAUUUAUUUUUGUUUUCUGCAAAUCAGUUUCUUCAGCAGAAGCCGGUAUCGCCCACUGUUUUUUCUUCAAAUAUUAGUUAAAAUUAAACUAAAGCCCUCUCUCUCUCUCUCUCUGGGUAUGUGUAGAUGUUCUUGUUUUUAUGCAAGCUGCAGAUGAUGAUCUCUGCUAUUUCUGUUCUUAGAAACUCUAAUUGGGUAAACCCAAGUCUGUUUCUGGUCUAAAAUUUCCAGGGCUUGAGCCUCAUUCAAUUGGCAGUUUUUGGCUCUUUGUUUCAUCAAUGUUGAUUGAAGCUGUUAUCUUUCAGUUGAAACUCUGUAUAGUUCUUGUUUCAAAUUUCCAGAAGUUGGGUCUCCUUCAAAAUUAAAAAUUCCCCAUUUCCUGUUUGGUCUAUACUUAGUGAAACUGGUAUCAUGUGGCUCUAUAUGUUUGUAGAUGGAUAUUUCUAUCUUUUUUCACUCCCAUAGCGGGUCUUUUUGCACCCCCACGCCCCUCUCGCCCCCCCUUUAUUUCAAUUGGUGUCAAUGUCAGUUGUAUGUGGCCUACCUAUCCUUGAAUGUGUAUAUUGUUUGGCAUGUGCUCGCUGGGUGUGGAAGAAAUGCCUCUAUACUGCAGGCCAUGAGAGCGAGAACUGGGGUCUUGCCACAGCUGAAGAAUUUGAGCCUGUACCCCGUCUAUGUCGCCUGAUCCUAUCUGUCUAUGAAGAUGACCUCCAAAAUCCCCUUUGGGCUCCCCCUGAAGGAUAUGGUAUUAACCUUGAUUGGGUGAUCUUACGCAAGAAUUAUGAUGAAAUCCAAGGACAAGCUCCUCCUUAUAUGAUCUACCUUGAUCAUGACAAUGCAGAUAUAGUCCUUGCUAUUAGGGGUCUUAACCUUGCCAAGGAAAGUGAUUAUGCAGUUUUACUUGAUGACAAACUAGGGCAGACAACAUUUGAUGGUGGGUAUGUUCACAAUGGGCUAUUGAAGGCAGCUGAAUGGGUUUUGGAUGCAGAGUGCAAGGUUCUUCGGGAGCUGGUUGAGAGAAAUCCAAACUAUACAUUGACAUUUGCUGGGCAUUCGUUAGGCUCUGGGGUGGUAACAUUGUUAGCAAUGGCGGCAAUUCAGAAUCGGGAUAAAUUGGGUAACAUUGAGAGGAAGAGGGUUAGAUGCUAUGCGAUGGCUCCAGCUAGAUGCGUAUCACUGAAUUUGGCUGUCAGAUAUGCGGAUAUAAUCAAUUCUGUUGUGUUACAGGAUGAUUUCUUACCACGGACAACUGCUGCUUUGGAAAAUGUUUUCAAGUCGCUUUUCUGUUUGCCGUGCUUACUAUGCCUGAUGUGCUUGAAGGAUACAUGCACACUGGAGGAGAAGAUGCUUAAAGAUCCAAGACGGCUAUAUGCACCUGGUCGCCUGUAUCACAUUGUUGAGCGAAAGCCAUUCAGGAUAGGUAGAUUUCCUCCAGUUGUGAGGACAGCGGUACCUGUGGAUGGGAGGUUUGACCACGUAGUCCUUUCUUGCAAUGUAACAUCGGACCAUGCCAUCAUUUGGAUAGAGAGAGAAUCACAAAGAGCUUUAGAUUUAAUGCUGGAGAGAGAUCGGAUUAUGGAGAUUCCCGCAAAGCAGAGGAUGGAACGACAGAAGUCUCUUGCCAGAGACCAUAAUGAGGAGUACAUUGCAGCUCUUCAGAGGGCUGUUGCAUUGGCUGUUCCUCUUGCUUACUCACCUUCGCGGUAUGGGACAUUCCAUGAAAUGGAGGUAGGGGAGCAUUCCCACAGAUUAAGCCAGGAGGUUUCAUUCUUGUCCUCCAAGAAUAACAGGGAAAGUUGGGAUGAAUUAGUAGAGCGGCUUUUUGACACGGAUGAGUCUGGCCACAUGGUUCUAAAGAAGUUAUAGAUCACAUGAUAAUGAUGUGAUUAGGUCAAACAUAGUCAUUCUUUCAUUCAUGUUGUUCCCUUUCUUUUGGCGAUUCUUUUUCAUAUUCCACUGAAUGGAUAUUUUAGAGGUUCGGUGUUUAGAACUCAGAAUAGUUCAUUAGAACAGUCAGUUUGUGUUAGUAAAUUGUAUUGUCCAAAUCAGAACAAUUAGGGUUUGAUAUGUGGAGAAUCUUAUGGAGAAAAAAAUGACAGAAUUCGUUCUA